GACAUCCACUUGAGUUUUUACGAAAUCAGCCUCAGUUCCAGCAGAUGAGACAAAUUAUUCAGCAAAAUCCUUCUCUGUUACCAGCAUUGCUACAGCAGAUUGGACGGGAAAACCCUCAACUACUGCAGCAAAUAAGCCAACACCAGGAACAUUUUAUUCAUAUGUUGAAUGAGCCAGUUCUCGAGUCCCGCCAAGGUUUAAGUGGCAGUGAUGGUGGUGCCAGCACUGGAGGAGUAGCAGAAGCUGGAAAUGGUCAUAUGAACUACAUUCAAGUAACACCUCAGGAAAAAGAAGCUAUAGAAAGGUUAAAGGCAUUAGGAUUUCCUGAAGGACUUGUGAUACAGGCAUAUUUUGCUUGUGAGAAGAAUGAAAACUUGGCUGCCAACUUUCUUCUACAACAGAACUUUGAUGAAGACUGAGAGACAUUUUUUUAUUUCACACCUCACACCAGUGCAUUACACUAACUUUGUUCACUGGAUUGUAUGGGAUAUUCGGGCUUAUAUUCAUAAUGCUUGAUGUAUGGUAUAGGGGGAGGGGGGAGGAAGAGAAUAUAGGAAACUAAGCAGCAAGUAUGUCUGCUUUAAAUUAGCAGAUGCAGAAAAUCACACACUAUAAAAUAAUAUACAACCAAAAAUCAGCUUCUGCAGAUAAUUAGUUCGUUCUAUAAACCGUAGGUUAACUUUUUCUAGGUUUUCACUCUUACUGUACUAGUUCCAGAAAUGUAGUGUAACGUUCAUGUUCCUUUCU